GUGACAUCAUGCUUUAUCUCCAACCUGUGCACAAUCCAAUUUGCCAUGAUCCUGGACACCAAAGUCGUCGAGCUGCAAGCUACAAACCAAGGCGGCAUGCAGACUGCACAAGGUGACGACGAAACGAAAGUGGCACAAGGUGACGACAUUGACAUGCCAUCAUCGACACCUUUGAACUCUUCCCCACGCCAACAACUGCUUGGAACGAUCCACAUCGAGUUGCGUUCGACGUACUUGCAACGAUUGCACAACAUGCUCGAGCGUUGUCCGGCGAAUCUCGCAUCGUGGACCACCGAUGGCACGUCCUUUGCAAUUUACAACCCCCACGCGUUGGAAAUGCAUGUUCUGCCCCAAUACUUCAUGACGACCAAAUUCACAAGCUUUUUACGCCAACUGUCGUUGUACAGAUUCAAAAAGACACAUUACACCGCGUCCAAUGGGGUCAUGGCGCUGCGAUUUCAACACAAACAGUUCACUCGAAACGACCCCAAUGCGGUGGUGGCAAUGGUGAGGCGAUAUAGAGCACGGCCGUCGCAGUCAAAGGCGCAACAGCACAACGCUGUAUCACGAGAAGAGCUGAAGGCCAUCUUGAUCGGACUACUCGAAAGUGUUCGUACCCUUCAGUCGGAGCUAUCGAAGACCAAGGCAUCCUUGCUCGCUCAACACAACGAAGCGAAACAUGCCUCAGAAAAUACUAGCGUCCAAAAUGUCCCAGGACCUUGAACUUAAAAUUGGAUGUCCACAAUCAGGCGACAAGCGUCGUUUACAGUUAAUUCGUAACGACAUCCCGCCGAACUUAGAUUGGAGACACUCAGGCGACAAUUCUGCCGAAAGAAUUGUUUUAAGAGAAUAAAUAUCUCGACUGAUAUCGACUGA